UAUCUCCAUUGUUUUUUCUCCUUUCCAAUAAAACAACAAAAAAAAGGGAUAAAAAACAAUGGCUCCUCUAACAAAAAUAACUUUUCUUGUUAUUGCAAUUUCCUUCUUCCUCACAAUUCCAUCAAAUGCAUUUGAUUAUACAUUAAAAACAUCUCUUUCAGCUCCAUCUUCUCUUCCUACUCCAAAAACUCCUACUACUCCAAAACCUCAAAUCUUGGAUGGUCCAGUACAAAAAGUCGUUGUUGCAAGUCAAAAUGUACCAUCAUUUGUUAAAGCAACAAUGGUUGGCACAAUGUCCAAGACACAAGAAUUUAUCAAAAAUGUAAUUGAGAAAAGAUUGACUUUAAGUGCAAAAAUGGAUCAUUAUAGAAAAGAUUGUCUUGAAACAUGCAAAGAGGUGUAUGGAGAUGCAAUUGAUGCAAUGAAAAAGGCAUCACAAGAUGUUAAAGCACAAAAUUUUUACAAAGCAAAUAUGGAUCUUAGUGCAAUGUAUUCAUACAUUGAAACUUGCCAUGAUUGUGUUGUUGAGACAAAAGAAAAUGAUCUUGCCUUCCAAAAUUUUGAAAAGUGGGCAAAAGGUGUUGCUAGUGAUUGUCUUGAUAAAGUUUCUAAAGAAUACUAUAAAAAUUAAUAAAUAUUAUGGUAUUCAAUUUUA